AUGGCGGAGGCCCGAAUGCGGGUCGUCCGCGGCGGCGGCGGCGGCGGCGACGUGCAGGCUCGCGCCGGCACCGUUACGUGGCGCGCCGGCCGUGGGAGCGCCUGCGCUCGCGCCCGCGCACCUCGUGCCAGCGCCGUUCCUCGCCGCUUGGCGCCAUCUCCUCCUGAGCGCGCGCGAAUCCCGGCGCCCGGGGACUGCCGGCGCUGCCCCGAGCUCACUUGCUUCCCUUGUACUCUACCACGCUUCAAUGCGGUCGACGUGGGCAUGGUAUGCACAGCGCCCUCUGUGGGUGGUUUCUUGCUGCUUGUAUUGUCUUUGGUGCAGCAACAUAACAUCGAUCUGGCCGUGCUUAUCGCGGAGUGCCGCUGGAAAGCCUUGUUGAAAAACACCACUCGGCGAGAUAAGCGUGAACGAUUGCGCACAGCGCAGAGAGCUGCGCGGGAGGCAGGUGCUCUGCGCGCGAUCUGGCGGCGAAGGAACGCGGCGCAGAGCGUGAGGCGGUCAGUGAGAAGUUCCCGCUCAGUUUCAGGAGGGAGCGUGAGCGUGGACGCCGUGACGGCGCACGCCGCCGCCGUGGCCGCCGCCGCCGCCGCGCAGCUCCCCAACCUCGCCCCCGUGGACGCGCUGGGGUGGGUGCAGGCGCUGCUGGCGGCCGCCGCCCUCUUCCUCGUCUACCGCUAUCUCAUCCGCCCGCUGGACUACCGCCGGGACCUGUCGGACGUGGGCUUCGGGCACGUGGGCGGCGUGGCGGGCGCGGGCGUGCGCCACCGUCGCGCCGACGUGGUGCGGGACGUGCGCCGCCGCCGGCGCGUCGGCGCGCUGCCGCCCGUCUACCCCAACGGCUGGUUCGCGCUGCUGGAGAGCGGCGCCCUGCCCGCGGGCGAGGUGCGCCACGUCGCCGCCCUCGGAGAGAACUGGGCGGUGCUGCGCACUGCCGACGGCCAGGCGCACGUGCUGGACGCGUACUGCCCUCACCUGGGCGCCAACAUGGCGGUGGGCGGGGCCGUGCGCGGCGACUGUCUCGAAUGCCCCUUCCACGGGUGGCGCUUCGACGCCCGCGACGGCCGCUGCGCCGCCGUGCCCUACGCCGACAAGGUGCCAGAGUUCGCCCGCGUGAAGCGCUGGGAGAGCUGCGAGGCGAACGGCUUCGUGUUCGUGUGGUACCACGCCGAGGGCGAGCCGCCUUCCUGGCAGGUGGAGGGCGUGCCGCAAGUGGGGUGCGGCGAGUGGCUGUUCCGCGGCCGCUCCGAGUUCCUCAUCAACUCGCACAUCCAGGUACGCUCGCCGCCCUCAUUGGGUUUGCCCUUGCGAUGGAAGAGAGGAGAGGAGGAGUGGAGGGCGAGUGACAGACACGAGGCGCUGGGCGCGCGCCGUGCGCAGGAGAUCCCGGAGAACGGCGGCGACGUGGCGCACCUCAACGCCAUCCACGCGCCCUCGCUGCUGGGCGGCGGCGACCUGGUGCGCGCGCAGAAGCUGCCCUUCCGCUUCCUGCGGCACGUGUGGGCGGCGGCGUGGGCGGCGCAGACAGAGCCCGGGCGCACGCACCUUGCCACCAUGCGCCUGCAGCACGAGACGCGGCUGCUGGGCAAGGUGCGCGUGCUGGCCAUGGACGUGCGCGCCGAGCAGAUCGGCCCGGCCUACGUGGAGAUGUACCUGCGCUCGGCGCUCGGCGACCUGCUCAUCGUGCAGGCCGUGACGCCGCUGGAGCCGCUGCUGCAGCGCGUGGUGCACCACGUGUAUGCGCCGCCGCGCCUCGCGCUCUUGGCGCCCCUGCUGCUGCUCUCGGAGGCCAUCAUGUUUGAGCGAGAUAUCAUGGUGUGGAACCACAAGAAGUACGAGGACAAACCCCUUCUGGUGCGUGAGGACAAGACGAUUCAGCGCCACCGUCGCUGGUACAGCCAAUUCUACUCAGAAAACAGCCCUCGCCACUCGUUCGUCAGCCAGAACUCUCUUGACUGGUAGGGGCAGGUUGUCCUGGCUGACUCCCCACCUCGCCUCGCCUCUGUAACGAUCGUAGUCUCUCUCUCUCAUAUGACGCCUUCAGUGAACUGUGGAAAGUUAUGUGAAUCUGCCGGAAACAUCCUUCGACCUUCCAGAAACACAUACAUACAAUGGUCAGCAACUCGAUUAAAUUAAAACGUUUUAUCGCGUGCGUCGGCCGUAGAGAGUUCACGGAAUGUGAUGGAUGUUUUCGCGCGCUUGAAAAUCUCUCGUGGAAGUGUUUCAAUGCUUGCAUGUUACGGCCAUACCUGCACAUAUAUUCGCGGAAAACUUUUACGGUGAAUAUUGUGAAAGAAUUCAAAAUUUUACAUUUUGGAACGUUACGGCCCGUCGUUCAUAAGCUUGAACGGCUUUUAACGUCCUUUCUGUACUUUUGAAUGGCAACUUUUAAUUUCUAUUUUUUUAAACAUCAUUACAAAAGUUUAACGGCAGAUAAAGGGGUUGUAUAUUGAAGUUUCAGGAAACGAAGAGCAUGGAUACUUUGAUCUAUAUUCUCCCUUCUGGUGCCUGCUAUUGGUGCUAAUAUAGUUUAGGUUUAAUUUGUCGAGACGAGGUAGUCUUCUCCGAUGUUCGCUUUCUUUUCUUACACAAAGAGUCUCGCUGAGUUUUAUGUCUAGUGGACGCCUUCUGGCGCUUGCGUCUUCUCAGAAAUGCAGGAUGAAUUAAGUAGGUUUUCUAUUUUUCACUAUUUCUAAAGCGAAAUGCCCAAAGGAGUGGGGUAUCAGUACCUGUUUGAAAAUAAGACAAAUGUUUCUGUAUCAAAAUGCUCAAUUUUGAUCAUAUCAUGUACAUCGACCUGGAGUACCUCCAGACAACUCGGGGUAACUCAAGGGCUGCUGUAUUUGUAGUUCUUUUACAUGGUACGAGUUAUAGUGUAGAAAUAGAUUUAAGGGUAUGUACAUAACGAAAUGUGCAGUCUUGAAUCAUUUGUAAAUAAGAUUGUUUUAUUCUUGUUUAGAUGAUAUGUUGGUGCCUUGAUGAUUCCUAGCAGUAGAAUGAAAUAGAGUUGGUUAUGUUUCUUGUUGCUUGUAAAAUGACAAUAUAUAACAAAAAUCUUUGCAGCUAACUCUCUGUAUACGUUGUUAAAUUUUAAUAAAGUUCUGCAGUGCAAUUCAUGUAA